AACACAUACACAGUCACUGCCUCACACACACACACACUGUCUCACACACUUGCAAUAAACUUUGGGUAAUUUUGUAAAAAGGGUAAACGUGGAAAUGAAGUGAAGCAGGAGAGACUUCAAUGGAGAGGCCAGAGCUGCAGUGUAUUCGUGUUCGCCCUGAAUGAACAGCUAACGGCACUUAUCCCUAUAUGAUGUUCCCCAAUAAUCUCUCAGGCAUUCUCGGAGUCCGGGGCCCUCCAGCAUUAGUAGUAAAGGGCCGUACUAUCCCAUUCCCUAACAAGAAACACAAGCAGCCAAGUAAGUGCCCCACGUCCGGUCCAGGACAAAGUUGCUCCCCGUUCCAGGGAGGAGGAGAGAGGACGGCGGUUCCCAUAGAAACAAGGCCAGGCUGCUUCCGCAACGUCACGGGGACACGUGGAUCCAAGAUGGCGGUUGCUGCGGAGGGUUUCCUGGGCCUGCUCCUAAGUUUCUCCCUUCUUCAUGUAAUUCAGUCCUUCUAUGUUCCUGGUGUUGCACCAAUGAACUUCCUCCAGGAUGCUCCUGUGGACAUAAAGGCUGUGAAGCUCACCAGUUCCCGCACCCAGCUGCCAUAUGAGUACUACUCGCUGCCCUUUUGCCAGCCUUUUGAGAUCACCUACAAGUCAGAGAAUCUGGGUGAGGUCUUACGUGGAGAUCGGAUCGUUAACACUCCUUUCAAAGUUCUUAUGAACAGUGACAAAAAGUGUGUGGUUGUGUGUGGCAGCUCGAGUAAACCCCAUGUGCUGAGUGUGGAACAGAGCAAGCUGAUGGCAGAGCGCAUCCGGGAGGACUAUUAUGUUCAUUUGAUAGCUGAUAACCUGCCCGUAGCAACUAGACUGGAUCUCUAUUUAAACCAUGAGGAGGAGGAUAAGAAGGAAAAGGAUGUUCAGUUUGAACAUGGCUACCGUCUUGGCUUCGUUGACAACAACAAGUUUUACCUGCACAAUCACCUGUCCUUCUAUUUAUAUUAUCACCGGGAGGAAGUGGAAGAGAAACAGGAGCCAACCUAUAGGGUCGUGAGAUUUGAGGUCAUUCCACAGAGCAUCAGAUUGGAAGAUCUGAAAGUGAAUGAUCAAGGUUUGUGCACCGUCCCUGAGAGCUCCAAUUCUGCCCCCCAAGAGAUUGAUCCCACCAAGGAGAACAACAUCCUUUUCACAUAUUCUGUUCAUUGGCAGGAGAGUGACAUAAAGUGGGCCUCACGCUGGGACACCUACCUGACCAUGAGCGAUGUCCAGAUCCACUGGUUCUCCAUCAUCAAUUCCGUAGUUGUUGUAUUCUUCCUGUCAGGUAUCCUGAGCAUGAUCAUAAUCCGGACACUGAGGAAGGACAUUGCUAAUUACAACAAAGAGGAUGACAUUGAGGACACAAUGGAAGAAUCUGGUUGGAAACUUGUACAUGGAGAUGUAUUCAGACCUCCUCAGUAUCCCAUGAUUCUCAGCUCUCUCCUGGGUUCUGGGAUCCAGCUCUUCUGCAUGGUCCUCAUUGUUAUUUUUGUAGCCAUGUUGGGGAUGCUGUCACCCUCCAGCCGGGGAGCCCUGAUGACAACAGCUUGUUUCCUCUUCAUGUUUAUGGGGGUAUUUGGAGGAUUCUUCGCAGGGCGCCUUUAUCGGACCCUAAAGGGCCACCGAUGGCGGAAAGGGGCAUUUUGUACUGCUACGCUGUACCCUGGAGUGGUGUUCGGAAUCUGUUUUGUGCUGAACUGCUUUAUCUGGGGGAAACAUUCCUCUGGGGCGGUGCCAUUCCCCACCAUGGUUGCCCUGCUGUGCAUGUGGUUUGGAAUCUCUCUGCCCCUGGUGUACCUGGGCUACUACUUUGGGUUCAGGAAGCAGCCAUAUGAUAACCCUGUGCGAACUAAUCAGAUCCCAAGGCAAAUCCCAGAGCAACGUUGGUACAUGAAGAGAUUUGUUGGGAUCCUGAUGGCUGGAAUCCUUCCCUUUGGGGCCAUGUUCAUCGAGCUUUUCUUUAUCUUCAGUGCCAUCUGGGAGAAUCAGUUCUACUAUCUGUUUGGCUUCCUCUUCCUUGUAUUUAUAAUCCUUGUGGUGUCUUGUUCCCAAAUCAGCAUUGUUAUGGUCUACUUCCAGCUGUGUGCUGAGGAUUAUCGCUGGUGGUGGAGAACGUUUCUGGUGUCGGGGGGUUCUGCAUUUUAUGUUUUGAUUUAUGCUGUCUUCUACUUUGUGAAUAAGUUGGACAUUGUGGAGUUCAUCCCAUCCCUCCUAUAUUUUGGUUACACGACUCUUAUGGUGUUAUCCUUCUGGCUUCUCUCGGGCACCAUCGGUUUCUAUGCCGCCUACAUGUUUAUCCGUAAGAUCUAUGCAGCUGUGAAAAUAGACUGAGCUGCGCUUUGUUGGCAGCCAACCAGCACAAGCCAGAGCCUGUCCCCUCUGCUGAGACGCCACCAUCAGGGAGACGUCAUUGAUAAACCGUCAUCUUCAUCAAGAAUGUCAUGUUUGGUACCGUGUCCAUGGAUAGGGGAGGAGGAGUUGCCUAACUGCAUUUUAACCUAUUCCACUGGUUUUUACCUUUUUAUCUGAAAUCGUUCCCAUGUCUGAUUCGUCUUUCCUUUUAAAUUAUUCCUUUGGGGUUGAGAUCAAGGGGAAGCUGCAGAGGUGAUUAGAGGGAAGCACUUUAGGGUUAGGUUGCCUGUGCAACAGUGAAGGAAUAAUGUUUGGUGUCCCAGCCACUCCGCAGUGCACAUACAGUAAGGCACGGGUGCUGCUGGGGUUAAAGGCCUGACACUUACAGUAUUUGCCUGGCUGUUUCCUGGAGGAACAUGUAGAGGCAGCCUUUAAUGCGCGAGUGGGCCCGCAAUAUGUUAGCGCAGGGAAUUACUGUGUGUAUCCAUCUGUAUGAAGAGUCUGGAAUAGAAAUGUCUGUAAAUUCCAGUUGCUUGCCUUUGGCUGGUACACUGGCUCUUUAUAGAGAGGGUCCAGGCCACACAUAUUAGGAACAAAUGUGUGUUGUCUCAUACCUCUAGGACCAGUGGGGACUGGAUCAGCACAUAACCCAAUAUCAGUUAAUUUUUUUUAUUAUUAUUAUUGUAUUCAUUCUUGUGCCCCUUUUGUAAAUAAAUUACCCCUAUGGUAUCCA